GCCCAGCCACAGUGCGGCCGCCAUGGCGUCGCCCUUCAGCGGGGCGUUGCAGCUUACAGACCUGGAUGACUUCAUCGGGCCGUCUCAGGACUGCAUCAAGCCCAUGAAGGUAGAUAAGAGGUCGGGAAGCGGCGUGGCCAAGAUCCACAUCGAAGAUGAUGGGAGUUAUUUCCAGGUCUCACAGGAUGGAGGGACUCGGAAGCUGGAGAAGGCCAAGAUCUCGCUGGAUGACUGCCUGGCGUGCAGUGGCUGUGUCACCUCGGCAGAGACCGUGCUCAUCACUCAGCAAAGCCACGAGGAGCUGCGCAAGGUUCUAAAUGCCAAUAAAACAGCGGCCCCCGGUCAAGAGAGGCUGGUUGUCGUUUCUGUCUCGCCCCAGUCCAGGGCGUCGCUGGCCGCACAGUUCGGGCUGAACCCUACAGACACCGCCAGGAAGCUUACUGCAUUCUUUAAGACAAUCGGGGUGCAUUACGUGUUCGAUACGUCCUUCUCGAGGAACUUCAGUCUCCUUGAGAGCCAGCGAGAGUUUGUGCGGCGGUUCCGAGGACAGGCCAACUCCAGGCAGGCCUUGCCCGUGCUCACAUCCGCCUGCCCAGGCUGGAUCUGCUACGCUGAGAAGACGCACGGAAGCCUCCUCAUCCCCUACCUCAGCACCGCUCGCUCCCCGCAGCAGGUCAUGGGCUCCCUGGUCAAGGACUUCUUUGCCCAGCAGCAGGCUCCUUUACCGUCAGGUCAGGCAGCAGCUCCACGUUUCCACGUUUCUCUGCAGCAUUUGACCCCCGACAGGAUCUACCACGUGACGGUGAUGCCCUGCUAUGACAAAAAACUGGAAGCUUCCAGACCAGACUUCUUCAACCAGGAGUACCAGACGCGUGAUGUGGAUUGCGUUGUUACCACAGGAGAAGUCUUCAAGUUGCUGGAAGAAGAAGGGGUCUCACUCCCGGAACUGGAGCCCGCCCCCCUGGACAGCCUGUGCAGCAGUGUGCCUGCCCAGGAGCUCAGCAGCCAUCGGGGCGGGGGCUCAGGGGGCUACCUGGAGCAUGUGUUCCGGCACGCGGCCCGGGAGCUCUUUGGAAUCCAUGUGGAUGAAGUCACCUACAGACCCCUGAGGAACAAGGACUUCCAGGAGGUGACCCUGGAAAAGGAGGGCCAAGUGGUGCUGCACUUUGCUGCGGCCUACGGCUUCCGCAACAUCCAGAACCUGGUGCAGAAGCUCAAGCGGGGGCGCUGCCCGUACCAUUACGUGGAGGUCAUGGCCUGCCCCGCAGGCUGCUUGAAUGGCGGAGGCCAGCUCAAGGCCCCCACCACGCCUGGCAAGGAGCUUCUCCAGCGUGUGGAGACGCUGUACGGCAUGGUCAGGGCCGAGGCGCCGGAGGACGCGCCUGGCGUCCAGGAACUGUACGGGGACUGGCUGCAGGGCUGGGGCUCGGAGCGCGCCGGCCGCCUGCUGCACACGCGCUACCACGCAGUGGAGAAGGCCAGCUCUGGCCUCGGUGUCAGGUGGUAGGAGGCCCUGCUGAGCCCGCCACAGCCAGCACCCGCUCCCAGGAAGGUCAUGUGCCGGAGUCCACACCAAGACGGGCCUCGGGAACUGGAACCCACGGCCAGGACAGGUGACCUCCAGCCCACGCUUGCCCUGACUGCCCGCUGCAGGAGGUCAGACAGUCCAAGGUCCCAGACCCUGCCCGCAGGCCUGGGGGGUCUGCGAGCAGGGUCCUUGCUGCUCCUGCCUUGUGGCCUGAGCGUGUGAGGGUUUUCAGCCGGUCCCCUGGGUGGUGUAAGGCUAAGCAAAAGUGGGGGUCCCCAUCCCCCUUAUGGGGUCACCCUGAAGCCAGGCUGUGAAGGACAGUGACGGCUGCACCUCCCGGGCCGGUCAAACUUGUAGCCCAGCGUGAGGAGCCCUCCUGCACUGGGUGGCCGAGAACGCUGGCCGGAGAAGGGUGCCCAGCCCACAGCACCCCCUGCCAGGGUGCAGUACCACCCUACCUGGGACUGGCCAUUGAUGCCAGGCGUGCCCUCUGAGACCUGAGAACGUGCGCUCUCUGGGCAGAGUUCCAGGUGGGAAGCAGACUGUGAGAGACCCCUGAGAUUACGCAUUAAGUCCCCUCUCCACAGCUGGGUCCCCAGGGGCGGGGGACGGAUCAGGCUGAGCCCACCAGGCCCAUCCUCAUUGGGCCCCACAUCCAAUAAACAGAUCUCUCUCCAGA